GACAGAUCCGCAAGGACGAUGGACGCCAUCGUGACCGCGCUCCUCAGGAGCGAGCACCCGGACGACGUCAAGGUGCAGUACCUGGACCACAUCCUCUUGAAGGGCGGCCUCACGCAGGAGCAAGAGGUGGCAGUGGCAGGUGUGCUCUGGGCAGUGUGGCCGGCGGCGCCCGCGCAGCAUGGCCUGCGCCAGCUCCGCGGUCAGUUCCUUGUGGCCUUUCGCCGGUACAUCAGCAGUCCAUCGAACGACGACGACGACGAAGAGCGCGCUUGCUUUGGCUGGAUGCGUACGGAGACGCGGCUGGACGAGUGGCGCAGCGCGACCAAGGUGCUUUUGCUCUUCGUUGCAUUUCGGACGCCAGCCGACGCCGGGCGCCUCCACCGCAUCUUCCACGAGUGCCCCGCGCCAGCUUUUGGCCGCGAUUUGCCGCUCUCAGCCUUGUGUCUCAAGCCGCCGCAGCUCGCCGAAAUGCUCAUCAAGGCGGGUCGCAUUCCGCUGCUCGGUUUUGCUGGCGACUGGCUCCGCGAGCUCCUUCUCUGCGUCGUCGCAAGCGAAGCGUGGGCCGUGCUGCUCAAGGGUGGCAUCGACGUGCUGCUGACGGCCGCCGAGCAACUCGACGAUCCACGCACAGCCGACGGCAGCCUUGUCGUGCUCGAGACCAUUUUCCUCGGCUACCAAGAGAACGCUGACGUCUUCCUGACGUGUUAUGCUCAUUUUUAUGAUCGCAUUGCCCGCUGGCCACAUGCAUCGCCGCCGUUUGCCUCCAAAUCGCUUAUGCAUCUCCAAAAGCUACUGCAUGGACUCUUAUUUGCUUUCCCGGGGCACCCGCUCUUGCAAGCACCACUGCGCAUGCUCAUGGCGCAGUUGCCGCCACUGCCAACCGACUUCGUCGUCGAAACGUACGUCGACGCGCGCCGGUGGACCAACUGCGCGGUCGCGGCCGCGUCGCCGUUUUUCGCCUCUGACGACGCGGGUGCGCAGCAUGCUACGAGCGCGCCGGUGCGUCAGCACUCGGAUGCGAUCGGGCUCAAGAACAUUGGUAACUCGUGCUAUAUGAAUGCGGUGCUGCAGGGUUUGUAUUGGACGCCGGCGAUGCGGCGGCUGUUUGCCACGCGAAACAGCGCGAAACCCGGCGUCGUGGCCGAGUUUUGUGCGCUUCUCGGGCGCAUGCAAGCGAGCAGCAGCAGCUGGCUCGACGCGCGCACCAUGGAGCGGUUUCGAAGCGUGCUCCUCCCCGAGUACCAGACGACACGGCAGCAGGACGCGGCCGAGUUUCUGCACUACCUCCUCGACGCUCUUGAGAGCGACAAGGCCGUCGCGCUCCACGACGUCUUUCAAGGGUCGACGCUACGAACCAUCACGUGCGACACGUGCUCAACGGCCUCGUCCGCCAACGAAGAGUUUACGGACCUCCAUAUUCCCAUACGUGCGUCCGUCGCAUCGACGCCAGUCCUCGCCGACCUUGUCCGCGCGCAGUUUGAUCCGGAAGAGCUCUCGUCGCGGCUCGAGAAUGCCUACUUUUGCGACAUCUGCCAGUGCAGCGGCAGCGCGACCAAGCGGAUUUCGGUCGAGCGCGCACCGACGCACCUCCUCGUGUCGAUCAACCGGUUCGAGUACAACCGCCUUCGCGGCGCACGUGAAAAGGUGUGCACGGCGGUCGACUGCCGAGAGCCCGUUGUCCUGCCGACGGUCCAUGGCGACGUGCCGUACGAUCUGUAUGCAGCCAUCGUCCACGCCGGCACGCGGGCCGACCACGGACACUACUACACGUACGCCCGCCACCUGCCCGACUCGGACUGGCACUUGCUCAACGAUAGCCACGUCGCCCGCGUCGACGACGCCAUGGUCGAGAGCGCACUCGCCCAUGCGACCACCGAUACGCCGUACGUGCUCUUCUACAAGCGGCGCGAGGCAACGUCCAAGAAGGCCAAGAUCGCUGCGGACGCCGGCGUCUAAGAUGUAACCAAGUAUGGUGGGUAGUCUCGA